CAGCAGAGGUUACUGUUGUCACUCCCUGGCCCUCUUUUUGUGACCAAUUAAACUAAUUCAUUUAUCACACUCUCUCACUCACUCACCUCAUCUCCCAUUCUCUCUCUCUCUCUCUAAAUUCCUUCCAUUUUCAACUCCCUCUCUUUCUCACUCCCAUUUUCCCUCUAAAGAACCAAACCCCAUGAAUUCAGUAGCCCUUAAAAAUCCAUAAACAAACCAAAGAAGCAAAGAUUCCAUCUUUUUUAAUCCAAAGCCACAGUCUAUUCUCUCAGAUCAGCAACAAAAAAGAAACAAUGAGAGAAAACCAUCCUCAAAAAACAACAGAAGACGACAACAGAUCUUCAUCCAUCCCAGAUCUAGCAAGAGCCGAGAUCGCCGAGUCAUCAACCUCCAAAAACCGAACUGGUUUAUCCGAACCGGUUCCCGGUUCAAAUCAAACCGAAAACCCAUCUCCUUUCCCAGACCAAGUUCUCGAGAACGUUCUAGAAAACGUCCUCCACUUCCUUUCCUCUCGCAAAGACCGAAACGCUGCCUCAUUGGUCUGUCGCUCAUGGUACCGUGCGGAAGCACUCACACGAUCCGACCUCUUCAUCGGAAACUGCUAUGCAGUCUCCCCACGUCGGGCUACUAACCGUUUCAGCCGCAUCAAGUCUGUAACCGUUAAGGGAAAGCCGCGUUUUGCGGAUUUCGAUCUGAUGCCGGUUGAUUGGGGGGCCCACUUCACUCCUUGGGUUAGUUCACUUGCUCAAGCUUACCCUUGGCUUGAAAAGCUUCACCUUAAACGUAUGACUGUUACUGAUGAUAAUCUCGCCGUUAUCGCCGAUUCGUUCGCUGGUUUUCGUGAACUUCUCCUUGUUUGCUGUGAAGGAUUUGGUACCCCUGGUCUCGCUGCUAUUGCUGCUAAGUGCAGAUUACUGAGGGUGCUGGAACUUGUGGAAUCUGUGAUUGAAGUUGAGGAUGAUGAAGAGGUGGAUUGGGUAUCGUGUUUUCCGAAUGAGGGUCAAACUCAUUUGGAGUCUCUUGCUUUUGAUUGUGUUGAGUGUCCAGUGAAUUUUGAGGCAUUGGAAGGGUUGGUGGCUAGAUCGCCUUGUUUGAAGAAGCUUAGAUUGAACCGAUCUGUUUCCAUGGCUCAGUUACAUCGGCUAAUGCUCCGUGCUCCACAGCUCACGCAUCUUGGAACGGGCUCUUUCAGUGCUAAUGAGAAUGUGGAUCAGGAACCUGAUUAUGCAUCUGCCUUUGCAGCUUGCAGAUCGUUGGUUUGUUUGUCUGGAUUCAGGGAGAUUUGGCCAGAUUACCUUCCUGCUAUUUAUCCGGUUUGCGCGAACCUAACGUCGCUGAACUUUAGUUAUGCUGAUGUUAAUGCAGAACAGCUGAAGUCUGUUAUAUGCCACUGUCAUAAUCUGCAGAUAUUGUGGGUCCUCGAUUCAGUAUGCGAUGAUGGUCUUCAGGCAGUGGCUGCAACUUGCAAGGACUUGCGCGAGCUUCGGGUUUUUCCAGUUGAUGCGAGGGAGGAGACUGAAGGUCCUGUUUCUGAGGUUGGUUUAGUAGCUAUUUCUCAGGGUUGUAGAAAAUUGGAAUCAAUUUUGUUUUUCUGCCAGACUAUGACAAACGCGGCUGUAAUUGCUAUGUCAAAGAACUGCCCUGAUCUUGUGGUGUUUCGCCUUUGUAUAAUUGGGGUGUAUCGCCCCGAUGCUGUAACACAAGAACCCAUGGAUGAAGGUUUUGGUGCUAUUGUUAUGAACUGCAAAAAGCUCACCCGCCUUGCUGUAUCUGGUUUGCUGACUGAUCGAGCUUUCGAAUACAUUGGGAGGUAUGGGAAAUUGAUCAGGACACUGUCAGUUGCCUUUGCCGGAGACACCGACCUGGGCCUUAAGUAUGUGCUUGAAGGGUGCCCUAAUUUGAAGAAACUUGAAAUCAGGGACAGUCCAUUCGGUGAUGGAGCUUUGCUAUCAGGUUUGCAUCAUUACUACAACAUGAGGUUUCUUUGGAUGUCGUCCUGUAAAUUAACUCGCCAAGCUUGCCAAGAAGUUGCACGAGCAUUGCCCGGUCUGGUUUUGGAAGUUAUUAACAACAACGAGGAUGCAGUUAACGAUAUUGAAAUAUUGUACAUGUAUCGGUCUCUUGAUGGACCACGGGAUGAUGCUCCGGAAAAUGUUACCAUCAUGCAGUAGAUUUCAGUUCAAGAAAAUCUAAACCUGACGGGAGAUAUCUGCUAUCCUGCUGUGAACGAAGUUUAGUUAACAACUACUGUUCUUGGGUGGCUACUGUGAUGGAAGGCCACAAAAAUGCUGUUCUUUUCGGGGCGGGAUGGAUAUCUUCAUUUGCCCUUGUUUUUUAUGUUCUAGAGGACUCAGGUUCGGAAGGGGGUGGAAUAGUAAAAUAGUGAGGGGAAGGAGGGAGAAUGUUGCAGAAGAUGAAGUCCUACAGUUAUUGUUUUUCUUUGAUAUUCAAUUUAUCGUAGCAGAAAGAUGCCGCCGGGGCAAGGGGAAAUAGAAAGCUUACGCUACUCUGGAUUGGUUAGUAAUUGUUAUUUUAUUUCCUUGGUCUCAAAUAGAAGGUACAUGGAGAGAAGAUUCAGAGGGAUCACAAAAUAGAAGGUGUGAAGAGGUGAUGUUCCCUAAUUUUUCUAUCAUACCAUACUAGUUGAGAACCAAAAAACUAUUCACUUUGUAAGGAAUUAGUCUCUUUAUUUGGAUUCAAAUGAUAGUUAGUUUUAAGCUUUAGGUGGAAAGAAUCCAAUCCCCAAGACUGAUACAAAACUUAUAUGUAUCCUUAAUGUUUUUAUUUUUGUUUUCAUUUUCAGAUGUGUUGCUUUUGCAUCUGACUGUAGAAUUUAUUGCUGUUGUUUAGCAAUUGUGAGAUGGUUAAUAAAUGCCAGAAUAUGCAUUGGACCAUGUCCUUCGUUUUUCUGAAUGUGGAAUGAUCGCCAGUUAGAUCUUAUUAA